GCGCACGCGCCAGGGGGAGUCUGGGCUUGCGCAGGGCGCGCGCACGUGGGGUCGCGGCGCAGGAGCCGCCCCCGAGUCCUGCGCCUCCUCCGGGUGGCCACCUGCCGCGGGGGGGAGGGGGGAGGAGUCCAGGUGUGCUGGCGCGCCAGGUGCUUCCGCCUCAGGGCGGCCCUUUGAAGGCGUGACGCUGCCCCCCCCCCCCAGCCCUGCCGGGGGUCUCGCCAUUGGCGGGGGUCUGAGUCCGGUCUCAUGGCGGUCAACCGUGCCUGCGCCCCCCCCGUGGCGCCUGGUUGACCCCUCCAGUUGACCGGGGCGACACGAGGACAGGAACGGUGGCGCCGGGGGUGGGGGGUGGUCCUGGGGGCGCACGAGGUGGGCUUCCCCGGGGAGACUCUGCAACGGGAGGACGGGAUGCUGUGACGAUGCGGACCUCGGUGGGACCCCGAGAGAGACCCUCCCUCGCUCUCGGCUUCUUCUGCCUCUUGCAACAAUAAACGUGGCCCUCGAUUUCCGACCCCUCUCGCCUCUGGGGUCCCUUCUUGGGCUGGGACUGCGGAGCUGGAUAGCUGACAUGAAACACCCCCCCCCGCCCUCCCCCGGGGCACGAACACCGCCAGGGAUGCGCAAAGGACCCGUCAUGCUGCCACGUGGCCAAGGAGUCAACUCUCUUCCUUUCUUCCAUCUUGUCAUUUUUUCUUCCUUGCCCAAUUCCACACACACACACCCUUCACACACAUGCACAAUGAUAGGGGAUGCUCCGGUCUCGGGUGCCAGCAACACGUCCUGACACUGAGGAACCUUUGGGAGCUCUUGGGGGGCUGCCCCCCCCCCCCGCCUCAGCCUCCUUUGGGUUUCCUGGUUCCAGCCUCUUCAAGCUGAGCCAUUCCUCGGGUGCAGGGGAGAGCCUCCGCCAACACUCAGAGGGAUCGGGCCCGACUUGAAUCCAGGUCUUGCUGGGAUUGUUCCCGGCAAUGACCAACGACCCCCCCCCACCCACCCCCAGGCCAGCACUGCUUGAGUACCAGCCAUGGCAUUCGCCUUCCACCCCCCCCCAAAUGUGUUUUCUGCCUCCCCCUCUCCCCUUUGGGUCCUAGGCCAAAAUGGGGGGAGGGCAUUUCUUCCACCAGGGUGUGUGUAUGGGGGGAGGGGGGGGGCUGCACAGCAAUUUCCAUGGACACUUCAGGGUCCGGUGUGGACUUUUCCACCCAGGGAGGUAAUCCUUCGGCACGUUGCAGGUCAAAGGUUGCUGGACAGCCCUGCCGGAGAGGCCGGCCUGGGAGCCCCACCUGUCUGUCCAGCCAGGGCCCUGCUCAGAGGCGGAGCUCCUCCGGCUGCCGAUUGCCACCUGCCCCUUCCGCCAAGGCUUAGCGGGGCCACUGUUCUCCCCCCACGGAAAGGACAGUGCCCUUUGCCCUGCGCAACAGGUUCAUCUUCUGUUAAAGGGGCAGGGUCUGGUUUCUCCAUGCGUGUUGGCAACCCCAGCCUGCUGUAGGGCCCUGGCGGCCAAGAGUACCUGGAGCACAAAUAACAGCAGGAGUUGCUCACCUCUAAAGGUGGCCGCCGGCCUGCCCCACAACGGCCACAGCCUGUAUGGGCCCCUUGGUAGGGCUGCCAGGCACUUAAUGAAACGCCAAGGAGAAGGGGGGGGGGUCCCUGCUCCAAGGAGGAACCUGUGUUUGGCCCCACCCUGGCCUUUUGCCUUGGAGGAGGGGGGGAGGUCUGCUAUUCCCUGUCUUUCCUCCGCAUUCCUCUCCUUCAGCCUCCUGUCCUCGGUUUCAUCAGGGCCCCCAGUCGUUCCACCCCCCCCCCAGCUCCUCUCCGCAAACCCUGAGCUCCUCCUGCCCUACCUGCCAUCACCUGGCUGAGGCCAGCCUAUCUGGCCACCCCAGGCCGCUUCCAUCCAGCUCCGGCCCCUGCCCCAGGGAGAUAUAAGCGGGGCAGCCAAAGCAAACCCUCCCCUGAGAUCAUGGUGCGCUGCAGUUGUGGCCAGCAGAGCCCCAAGGAGGGGGAGCCCCGCUGCCUCGCGGACAAGAGGCUUCUGGAGGAGUCCUUCGGCAAGAUCUUCCCGGAGCUGGAGCCCCGGGGGUGGCGCCGCGCUAGGCUGCUGCUCAGGGCCUUGAAAGCCCUGGGCCUCUGUGUCUGCUCCCCUAUCCUCCGGUUUGGGGAGGACUGGAUCUUCCUCUUCCUCCUUGGCAUCUCCAUGGCAACCAUCAGCUUCGGCCUGGAUGUGGCCACCUCCAAAUUCCAGCGAGUUAGCCUCUGGGUCUACGACGGCCUGGAGGGCUACCACCACUUGCAGUAUUUCUCCUGGACGUCGUACCACGUGGCUUUGAUGGUGUGUUCUGCUGCCGCUGCCAAAUACAUCUCGCCCCAAGCGGCAGGCUCUGGGAUCCCGGAGCUGAAGGUGGCCCUUCGAGGGGUGGUGCUGCACGAGUUCUUCACCUUGCGGACCUUCAUGGCCAAGCUGCUGGGAAUAAUCUGUACCUUAGCCGGUGGAAGCACCAUCUUCCUUGGGAAAGUGGGGCCCUUCGUCCACAUGGCCACCAUCUUGGCCACGCUGCUAGGCAAAGUCAUGGUCUGGUUUGCAGGUUCCGCUGAGAACCCGGGGCGCAAGUACGAGCUGCUGAUUGCGGGGGCUGCUGUAGGGGUGGCGUGCUGUUUCGUGGCACCUGUUGGAGGGGUGCUCUUUGGAGUGGAGGUCACGGGCACCCAUUUUGCUGUGCGCGACUACUGGCGUGGAUUCUUUGCCGCCACGUGUGCAGCCCUCACCUUCCGCUUGCUGGCUGUGCUCAACAACACCAGAGAGACCGUGGCAGUUCUCUUCCGGACCAGCUGGCGUGUGGAGUUCCCCUAUGACCUUCCGGAGCUGCUGUCCUACGCCAUCCUGGGAGUCCUUUGCGGAGUCCUUUGUUGCGUCUUUCUCUUCUGCCACCGAAACAUGCUGAUGCUCUUCCAGAACUGCCCAAAAAUCAACUGUUUCAUGAUGAACAACAAAAUUGUGUAUGCUGGAUUUGUAUCGCUGGUUCUGGCAAGCCUCACGUUCCCCCCUGCGCUGGGGCAGUAUAUUGGAGCCAGGCUUUCCAUGAAGGAGCUCCUGGAAACCCUCUUCAACAACAUGACCUGGGGGCUGGAAGAGGCAUCCCUGGGCGGCUUCACCCCCCAGCCCCAAAACCUGACCUACGAUGCCAACUGGCUCCAGUGGAGGCACCCCAACGUCUCGAUGCUGGAAAUGCUGGCCCUCUUCCUCCUUGCUAAGUUCCUGAUGCUUCUUGCUGCCACCACCAUGAUGGUACCUGCUGGAUAUUUCCUCCCCGUCUUUGUUUAUGGAGCUGCUCUGGGCCGGCUGUAUGGGGAGAUGAUGGCCAAAAUAUUCCCCGACGGCAUCAUCUCUGAGGGAAUCCGCAUCCGAAUCACACCUGCUGGCUACGCCCUGGCAGGAGCAGCGGCGUACUCCGGGGCGGUCACGCAGACCCUUUCCACAGCCCUGCUGACCUUCGAGUUGACCGGGCAGAUGUCUCACAUCCUGCCAGUGCUGGUGGCCGUCCUCGUUGCCAACGCCAUCAGCCAGCGCCUGCAGCCGUCCUUCUUUGACGGCAUCAUCAUCGUGAAGAAGCUCCCCUUUCUGCCCAAGCUCUCUGUGGGCAAGAGUGGAGGCCACGAUAUUUAUGCUGAAGACUUUAUGGUGACGGAUCUCAAAUAUUUGACCCGAGAAAGCAAAUUCAAGGAUCUCUGGACUUUGCUCGAUGUCUCUGCCCUCAAACAGUUCCCCCUGGUGGACUCUGAAGAAUCACGUGUUCUGCUGGGGUCCAUUAAGAGGAAACACCUCUCUGCGCUUCUGUCAGACCAGCUUAGUGCCGAGAAGAGAUUUCGGUACCUGCUCAGCCAAUCGCCCAGGAGGACUGCCAAGCCGCCGGAGGCUGAGCUUGGUGGAUAUGAAGAGAAAGGCAACAACUUAGAAACGUCCGAAGAAACAGAGGGCCCACCUUUUGACGCUGCGGAGACCUCCUGGGGAGAAGGGGCAGAGGAGCCUUUGAGAGGCGUGGCACGGGGUGGAGCCCAUCUGUCCGACAGAGAGAAGCGUGUGCGCUACCACAACAUGGUGGAAGAAUGGGAGUGCCACCAGUUGCAGGAGGCUCUCCGUCUGGAAGACCUGCCCAUCGACCCGGCUCCUUACCGCCUGCUGGAGAAAGAAACGCUUUACCAGUGCUACGACCUCUUCAGCCUCCUGGGUCUGCACAUCGCUUACGUGACCAACAUGGGCCGCCUGGUCGGGGUUGUCGGUCUCAAGGAGCUGAAAACUGCCGUGGAGGGCUGUGUCAAGGGCACCUUUGCCGGCCGGGCCCUUCGGCAUUCGUACGGACCCGAGGAUCAGCAAGAAUUACAAGCCCCGGAAGAUGUCCGACGCAGCAACUCCCUGGCCUAGAGGGGCUCAGCCCCAGGGGCGCCAGAGCCCCCCCCCCCCGGCCCCCAGCAUUUGAUCCCCCAACCUCCCUGGAUCAGGGUUGAAGCUUGGAGGGAGUGGCUGGUUUUUCUGAACUUGGAGGCAGGGGUUGAAGGGCCAUUGUGAUACAGUGGUUAGAGUGUUGGGCUAGGGCAGGGGUCUGCAACCUGCGGCUCUCCAGAUGUUCAUGGACUACAAUUCCCAUCAGCCCAGAUGUUUAUGGACUACAAUUCCC